AAAAUUCUGGUACAUUAAUACACACAACAAUGGCGUCUCCCUCAAAUCCUACUACUCCUUGUACACCGGUCAGCGGAAUCAAAACUUAUGGCGAGAAACCAAAAGCUUUUAAAAUAGAAGAAGAUGGGGAUUCAUAUUAUAUUGGUUCCGAGGUUGGUAAUUAUCUGCGCAUGUUCCGUGGCUCCUUGUAUAAAAGAUAUCCCUCUAUGUGGAGGAGGUUAAUAACAAUAGACGAAAGGAAAAAACUAGCAUCUAUGGGUUAUGGGCAUCACUCUCUGGCCACCAAUAUAACUCUGCUCAAAGCCAAUGAAGUAGAUGAAAUCAUUAAUGGCUGUGAUGAGAAAUACAAAGCUGUGGCUCUUAGCUCGGAUACUUCUUUUAUAACACAAACAGCUAAGAGUAAAAGAGGCAACAGCUGGGUCCCCACUAUUCCCAGUAGUUCCCACCACUUGGAUGCUGUGCCAUGUUCCACACAUAUAAAUAGAAACAGAUUGUCUAAAACAAAAAUUAGAACUUUUCCUCUCUGUUUUGAUGACACAGAUCCAUCACUGAUUCAUGAAAACUCCAAUCAGAAAGAGGAAUUGGUUCCAAUACGAUUGGAUAUGGAGAUAGAAGGACAGAAGCUGAGGGAUUGUUUUACAUGGAACAAAAACGAAACCUUAAUUACCCCAGAACAGUUUGCUGAAAUACUUUGUGAUGACCUAGAUCUGAAUCCUGUCAACUUCAUUCCAGCCAUAGCUGGAGCUAUUAGGCAACAGAUUGAAAACACAGCUGUUCCUGAAGGAGCAGAAGAACAAGCUGACCAAAGAGUUAUCAUCAAAUUAAACAUUCAUGUUGGCAAUAUAUCUCUUGUGGAUCAGUUUGAAUGGGAUAUGUCUGAAUCUCUGAACAGUCCUGAAGAAUUCGCAACAAAAUUGUGUGCUGAAUUAGGACUUGGUGGAGAGUUUGUGACUGCCAUAGCCUACAGUAUACGAGGACAGUUAAGUUGGCACCAGAGAACAUAUGCAUUUAGUGAAGCACCUCUACCUGUUGUGGAAGUAGCAUUUAGAAAUCAGAAUGAAGCUGACCAAUGGUGCCCUUUCCUUGAAACCUUGACAGAUGCAGAAAUGGAAAAGAAAAUCAGAGACCAGGACAGAAAUACAAGGCGAAUGCGAAGAUUAGCCAAUACAGCACCUACAUGGUAAUCAAUUCCUAUGAAGAGAUGACAUUUAGUCAUUAGUGCAAUGUCUUUUGUGUUUCAGUAUCAUUUUACACACAUGCUAAAUGAGGGCUUCAUUUCUUGUACAUAUUCCUUGUCAUUCCUUGUCAUUAAAGUUUUUUUCAUUAAAAUAAAAAAUAUGUUGUGUAUUUACUGUGUAAUCUUACAAUGUCUUAGCAAAUAAAAUGCACAAGUUGGAUUCAAGUUGGGAAAAUGUUUUAUUGUCCCAAAACCCAAUACUUCAACAAAGCAGAAAACAAUGAAGUACAUUAAAAAUGUUCUACUAGUGUUUGUGCUCUUCAACAUUGUUUCAUUGUUACAGCAUAAACAUGAAGCUACUAGGAUAGCAUUCCUAAGUUGUAACACUGUAAUACCUGUUACUUAUGAAAUUGUACAGACUGCUUAAGGCAUAAAUAUCUGGAAAAUAAAUGUUAAAAGUUAUGAUUGAACACAUGCAGUUAAUUAAUUUCAUUUGUACUAAAGCCAUUUCUUGACAAUUUGUAUGUAAUUUAAUGACAAUGAUGAGCCUUAUAACCUUGUGAGAUUAAAUAAAAUAUUUAAAAUAUUUUUCAAUGGACGAAGCGCCAUUUAUCCUUCCACCACCAGAGUGAAAAUAAAACAAAACAUGUAGUCACAUCAUUACUAAUACAAAAACACAUUAUGUAAACACCCAAUGAAACAAUGUCUUAUCAUUACUAAUACAAAAACAUUAUGUAAACACCCAAUGAAACAAUGUCUUAUCAUCAUUACUAAUACAAAAACACAUUAUGUAAACACCCAAUGAAACAAUGUCUAUCAUCAUUACUUAUACAAAAUUACAUUAAUGGUCACAUUAAACAAAAGGGUAUUCUUUGGAAGUCUGGGAUUUUCAGACAUAUCAUACUGGAGAUAUGGUUUUGACAAGUGCCAGAGAUUGAAUGCAAAUUCAACACCACAAGUCUGGUAACAGUGACAUCAUUAAUGAUCAUAAUUGGUAAGUUCAAUACUUAUAUUGUGUAUUUGUUUGCCACCAGCUUCUGAAGAAUUUCUUUGACAUUCAAGAGAGAAGUUUGAUUCUGUUAGUUAUGAUUUAAUACUUCAUGUAAGGAGUUUUUAACAAAAUGCCUGUCGCACACAAGUAUUAGAAAGAAAGAUCUAAAAAAAAAAUAAUAA